AUGUAUCCCAACCCGCUCAUCUACUGUACCUGCUGUGACCCCUGGAAUUUGGGACCUCGAAAACUAAUCAAGACCACUCAACCACCAAGAAAAGUCUCCACAAAGAAAUCCAGGCUUGAUCCUUUACCUCCACCAUCCAAAGACAAAAUUCAUGUCCCAUCAGUGGCCACAUCUAUUCCUACACAAAAAUCAGCCAAGCUGACAGCAUUACCUUGUCUUCCACCUGAUACCCAGGAAAUGAUCUACGUGUCACCGGGCUACCGCCUCUUUCGGAACAGGGAGCAGAUUUCCGUCACUUUAGGAGAAGAGCUGUUUGCUAGAAGGUUGCCAUCAGACAUCGUGUCGGUCCUUUGUCCUUGUAGAUCUGGCAUCUCUGCCGACCUUCAAGAACAGAUCUCAGAGCUGAUGGCUUUAAUAGAGCAGAUGAACAGGGACCAUCAAGCUGCUCAGAACUUGCUGCGCAAAGAAGCAGAGCUCCGCUGUGCCGAAAUGGAGAAGAACUUUGAGAACAUGAGCAGGCAGCUCCAAGAGACCCAUGAGCAACAGCUUAGGGAGCUGGAGGACAAUUACAAAGCAGCUUUGAGAGAGGAGAAAUUGUCAUCCCAAGAAAAAAUAGGGGAGAUUGCAAAGGAAUAUAAGUAUUUGAAGAACGUUUUUCAUGUGUACCAGGACAGUGUUCAGGAAGAAAUGGAAGAAAAGUGGGCAAAUAAGAAGAUGGAAUUGGAGCAGGAUGAGAAACUAGAGCGUGAGAAGAUCCUGCUGCAGCAGAAACAUGCAAUGGCAAAAAAGUUUGCAUUAGAGUCAGAAGAAGAAAAGAAGAGACUAAAUGAAUCCUAUUGUGUUAUCAUCGAGAAUUUCAAUAGAGAGAAGGAGGAGCUACUGAAACAACAUGAAAUGGACACCAUCCAAAUAAAGGAGCUGAAACAGUCCAAAAAGACCAUAGAGAAACAGUUGCAGACACAAGCUCUUAUCCUAGAAUCGCUCGAUCAUACCCUCUUCCAAACUCAAAUGGAACUUAAGAAAGAGAAAGCUGUGGUAGUAAACCUGGAAAAAACUCUGCAGAACAAAUUCUAUGAAGCUGAAGAAAACUAUAAACACACUAUACAGACUCUGACCGAAGAAAACACUUUUCUCAGGCAAAAGAUAAUCACCAUGAAUGAAGAAAUUUUUGAAGAACGAGCUAGGAGACUGAACUCUAUUCCUUUAUAUGAGACUAAUUAUGACUCUCUUGAUGAGAAAAAUAAAAAAGGAGAAAGUUUGUCCGAAGAUUAG